GCUGCACAGGCCAGGCAGGCAGUGCUCCCACCUCACCGAGCGAGCCAAGCCGUCGGUAACGGAGAAGAUGGCAGAGAGGCAACAACAGAAACACGAAGGCAGGGUAAAGAUCGGCCAUUACAUCCUUGGCGACACGCUCGGAGUGGGGACAUUCGGCAAAGUGAAGAUUGGCGAGCAUCAGUUGACAGGCCAUAAAGUGGCUGUGAAGAUCCUGAACAGACAGAAGAUCCGUAGUCUCGAUGUUGUGGGGAAGAUCAAACGAGAGAUCCAGAAUCUUAAGCUGUUCAGACACCCACACAUCAUCAAGCUGUACCAGGUCAUAAGCACACCGACAGAUUUUUUCAUGGUCAUGGAGUAUGUGUCGGGAGGCGAACUGUUUGAUUACAUCUGCAAGAAUGGACGGGUGGAGGACACUGAAGCACGCCGCCUUUUCCAGCAGAUUAUCUCAGCUGUAGACUACUGUCACCGGCACAUGGUGGUCCACAGAGACCUCAAACCUGAGAAUGUCCUAUUGGAUGCCAAUAAGAAUGCCAAGAUAGCAGACUUUGGACUGUCAAACAUGAUGUCAGAUGGAGAAUUCCUACGAACUAGCUGUGGCUCACCCAACUAUGCAGCUCCAGAGGUCAUCUCAGGAAGACUCUAUGCAGGCCCAGAAGUUGACAUCUGGAGCUGUGGUGUGAUUCUGUAUGCCCUUCUGUGUGGCACCCUGCCCUUUGAUGAUGAGCAUGUCCCCACACUGUUUAAGAAGAUCAGAGGAGGUGUCUUUUACAUCCCAGAGUACCUGACCCGCUCUGUGGCCUCGUUGCUGAUGCUCAUGCUGCAGGUGGAUCCUUUGAAGAGAGCCACCAUCAAAGACAUCAGGGAACAUGAAUGGUUUAAGCAGGACCUACCAGGCUACCUUUUCCCAGAGGAUCCGUCAUAUGAUGCGACUGUUCUGGAUGAAGAGGCUGUCAGGGAAGUGUGCGAAAAGUUUGAAUGCACUGAAUCUGAGGUUGUGACCAGCCUGUACAGUGGAGACCCACAGGAUCAGUUAUCUGUAGCCUAUCACCUCAUCAUAGAUAACAGGCGCAUCAUGACCCAGGCCAGCGAAUUCUAUUUGGCGUCCAGUCCUCCACAGGGCUCCUUUAUAGAGGAGGGAAUGCCGUUGCCCCCUGGAGUUAAACCUCACCCAGAGAGGAUGCCUCCGCUCUUGGCUGACAGCCCAAAGUCGCGUUGUCCUCUAGAUGCUCUCAACACCACUCGGCCUAAACCGCUGGCAGUGAAGAAGGCUAAGUGGCACCUGGGUAUCAGGAGUCAGAGCAGACCCUAUGAUAUCAUGGCUGAGGUGUACAGAGCUAUGAAGCAGCUAAACUUUGACUGGAAGGUGGUGAACCCAUACCAUUUGCGAGUUCGAAGGAAGAAUCCAGUGACAGGCAACUUGGUGAAAAUGAGCCUGCAGCUCUAUCAAGUGGACAACAGAUCCUACCUCCUUGACUUCAAGAGCAUUGAUGAUGACAUCAUCGAGGCAGUGGGCUUUAAAUCGGGCUCAUCCACUCCUCAGAGGUCAGGUUCCACAGCCGGUCUCCACAGGCCCAGACUGAGCAUUGACUCGGCAACCCCAGCGAUUGAUCUGCCCCAGCUCAGCUCCUCUCUCCCGGGAUCCCUGUCUGGUAGCUCCCAUCUGCUCACCCCACGUCAGGGAUCACACACCAUGGACUUCUUUGAAAUGUGUGCCAGUCUGAUCACUACACUAGCACGCUGAGUCCUGCUGACUUGCUUAGGUCACUGUAACCUGGAUGUCAGUGGGGUUUUUAAGCUAAUCACAGAUCGAGGAUGUAGGGAGUGUAGAUGUUUGGAGUGACUUCUUCUUUCUGUCUCUUCUCCAUCUGUUCUGUUUUACUGGAUUGGGGGAAGCGAUUGGAAAUGUAAAUGGCAAGGCAGGUGUGGCAUUCGCCUCGGAUGAAGAGAGAGAGAAUGAGGGGGUAAAAUAGUGGGGGUUAUUAUUUCUUGUUUUGACAGUCAUUGGGUCAAAGUCUUGAUGUCUUACACAUCAGGCUGCAGCUGAGGGGAAUCUAUGAACUAGUGGAGGCCUGUAAAGUGAGAAGCGAGUGGUCAGAGUUCAGCAAAGGUCAAGCUCACUGUCACUUCUCCCACAAACAUCUUCAGCUGAUUGUCAGUUGCUGAAUUUCCUUCACCCACUGUACCACCGAUCAAAGGUCAGUUUUGCAUCUUGUCUUAAAUCUUCACUGAGGCAAAGUUGUUAAACUCGACAUUAAAUCGUGUCAGAGAGAGGAUCGCAAAAUGUAAAAUUCUAUUUAAGAUUUUUUAUUUAUAUUGUUUAUGAGGAAGAUUUUGUUAUCCUUGUAUUAUAUUUAUAUUACAAUCAUUAUGUAGCUGAAAAGUUUGACAGAGAAAUACCAAAUAAAAUACUUU